AUCCGAAUCUAUUUCGAUUUCAACCAAAGCUGCGAGAGCGUUGGCUGUGCCUGUUAUUUGCUCAUGUAGUAUGUAUAGCGCGAAUGGCCCGAAGGACCACGGAGCACCUGGAGGUGCUCAGUGAUAUGUAUAAAGAUGACGAGAGGACUCUGCAGCUAGUUACGAAGGUAGCCAGUAUGCGGGCUUUCCUCGCUGACAGCGCUGAGCACUCUGUCCCGCUGGAGGGCACAGACGCGAUAUUGGAGCUGCUUAUCGAGGACAGCCUUGAUACGCAAGAAAUGCGUAGACUGCAAGAGGCUAACCAGGCGAAGUUGCGAGAGUUGGCGGAGCGUCAGGAGACAGGAGAAAGAUGGCAGCCCGCCAGGUCCUCCACAACUUCAACGAGAAGGUCCUUCGCAAGCUGGUGGAGAUGUCCAGACUGCCCGCGAGCGUCUUCUGGCGUCGUUUCAGGGUUAGCAACUUCGGUACAAUCGAGAGGCAUCCAGACCUGAUGGCCCACUGGCCUUCACUCCUCAAGGUUCUGGACCUGCCACAGCACCGCACGCCACGGGAUCUCUGGGAGGAACUGAAAUUCGGGAAGACCGGCCUAGACGAGCACGUGCACGAGGGCAGCUAUGACAAGCUGCCUUAUGACCAGCUCAAGGCACAGGCGGACACCAUCUUCAGCGGGAAGUUGGAGAAGGGCAAGGAGACAUUCCUGGACUUCCUGGAGCUGUCUGUAAAGCUAGGCGGGGACCUGUACGAGUAGCGGAAACGGUAGAAGUUAAUGAGGCGGCUGGCUGUUGUGUCGUGGCUUAUGUGCAAAGGAUUACGGUUCGACUGUGAUGUAGCCACCUGGGCGGGUGGGGAGGAAGAGAGGACAGGGAAGUGGGAGAAUGGGAAGGAGGAGGAGGGAGAAUGCGCCACCGUUUGAGAAGGUGGUAACGUAGGCAAGGAACGGGAGAGACUGAGGAGGGGCUGGCAGAGAUGUUUGUGUGGCUGGCCAGCAGGCCAAGAUGGCAUGACAAGCAUUAUUACAGAGAGGUGUUAGGUUUGGGUGGGAACACUAAGCACCCCAACGUAAGUACCCUAAACCUAACUUCACCGAAACCCCUAAACUGGGUGGGAACACUAAGCACCUAAACCUAACUAACACUAAGCACGACCACAAACGCAAUUUCAUAAACCAGCGUAAGGGUGCAACACAUCAAGGAGAGUCCCGUGCGCCAAACCCAAACGACCCACGGGACUCUCCUUGCUGGCGUUGCACCCUUACACCGUUUUAUGAAAUUGCGUUUAUGGUCGUGCUUAGUGUUAGUUAGUUUAGGUUUUUUUGCGUUGGCAGAUAGUGAUGCAGCAAGGGGUUGAUGGGGUGUGAGGAGGAGGUGUGGCAGACCACAGCAGCAUUGUUGUUUGCCAUCUUACUGGCACAAGCAAAGCAGCACCUUCUUUAGCACUGGCGCAAUACACAAUGUACCCUAUUGUUGGUGUGCCUUCCUAUGCAUUUAGCUACUGUGCUAGCAAUGGUGCAAUACCACACACCGCUGCCUUCGGUGGAAUGGCUACACUUUCUAACACACAGUUCGUGCUGUCUUUGCGUAUCUAGACACUAUGUUAAACAAAACGGCUCAACAAGCUGUACUACCUGGCGUUCAAGAAGCGUAACAUUCACCCC